AUGGAAGGUCUGAUUCCUCCUGCUAUAUCUCUCUUGAAAAACUUGAAGGAAUUAAGAAUAUCUUAUUUGAAAGGGAACACAACCAUGACAUUUCCUGAUCUGAAAGAUUUGAAACGCAUGACGAGACUGGAAUUGAGAAAUUGCUUAAUCACUGGUCCUAUUUUAGACUCUAUUGGCAAAAUGGAAAGUUUAAAAACUCUAGAUUUGAGCUCCAACAGAUUGACUGGUUUGAUUCCAGAUUCAUUUGAGAACUUGGAAAAUAUCAAUUUCAUGUUUCUGACGAACAACUCUCUUAGUGGAACAACUCCCGAGUGGAUCCUGACCAGCAAACAGAACUUCGAUUUGUCUUUCAACAAUUUUUCCGAGUCUUCUUCGACUGAUUGCCAGCCUUUAGCCGUGAAUUUAGCGUCUAGCGUCUCUCCUUCAGCAAACACUUCAUUAUCUUUUUUGAAGACGAACUUACCUUGUUCGGGAAAAUCUCAGUAUCACUCAUUGUUUAUAAAUUGUGGAGGACCUGCUAUUGAGUUUGAUGACAAAGAAUAUGAAGUUGACGAACACCAUAUAAGUGCUUAUGUAUAG